CACUGUUGUCGUUGUUUUCUAGACGACGACUGAACCUUAGCAGAGACCUUAAGAGAAACAUUAGCUACGGCAACCCAACACAGCAAAGUCUCUCUGUGUGUGUCCAACUGGCCGUGUGUCGCGGUGUGUUUGGCCUAUUCGUGUGUGGCGCUUGCCUGGUUAGGUAUCGAAGUGGAGUCGUCCUGCUGCUGCUGCUGCUCGCGGUUGUGCUCGUGGCAGUGCUGGCGGAGUGUGCAGUAGUAGUAGUAGUAGUAGCGGCAGCAGCAGAAGUAGCAGUUGGCAGAAGCUGGCAUCGCCGUUGUUUCGAGUUGGCAGGCUGAGCAAAGCAAUGCUCUCAGCACCGAAGAAGAGACUGUCGGGCGGAUUACAUACGAUGGUAGUGGUGGUGGCAAAUGCAGCAGCAGCAGUAGCCCCACUUACACUGCCCAGCCCAGUCGCACGAGCAGCAGCUGAAGCUUCUUUGCGUAAGGACUGCUGCAUCGUUAUUUGAGCGGGUUUCGUAAGAGUUUGUAGUAGCUCAAGUACAGAAGGCAAAGAAGGAGACAAAAAGCAUAUAGGACCAGGUCAUCUGAAAAGCACCAACCACUGCAGAAACCCAAAUGGAGGGCAAUUACACAGGCAGUAAUGAAGAGAGACGGGGAGUGUAAAGGAGUGCAAUACAGAGAGUCUUCGGCUUGUUUGCUAGGUCAAGUCCGCCGCACGACCCGUUUGUGCGCGUGUGUGUGUGUAUGUGUGCGUGAGAGUGUUAUCUUUUUUUGUACGUGUUCUCGUGUGCGGGCGGUUUACCGACUGACCGAUUACUGCUAACGACGACGACGACGACGGCGGCGGCGGUGGCGGUGGCGGCGGCUGAUCGCUUGGUCCGUCGCUUACUCGUCCCACUGGGCGAUUAUUAGCUCUAUUGAUUAUUUGAGUGUUGUCUGUGAGAGCGUUACAGAAGAACAGAAGGAAGAGUGUUAUUUGGCGUCUAGUUGGGCCGCACUCUGAGAACUACAGGAGGAGCUGCAUACAUCCGGCGACGAGGAUUCGGAACAGAGAGGACGAGGACAACGACGAGCACGAUAACGUCCUUUUUCAGCAGUUUUUCCUAACUGCCUUUCGUCCUUCGAGUUCUACUCCACACACACAUACACAUGCCUACCGCCUAUACAGUUUACUCGUAGGAUUUUUGUGCAAUCAUAUCUUAAUGUUGUGCUUUUGGUUAGUUGAUGCAUUGGUGAUUUGUUCGGCGUAACUGCUGAUCGUUCUCGGAUGCUGCUGCUGCCAAUGCGUUGAAAUGCUGUGAUGCUAUAACACUGCCCAGAUGAUAAUCCCCUUCGCAAUUCAAUGACAACAAUCUGUUGUCUGGCUUAAAGCAAAAAUAAAGGAGAGUGCGGAAUAAGCGUGUCUGUGUGUUUCUGGAGUUGGUAACGUGGUAGCACAAUACAAUACCACUAAUAACUGCUGGAAACACUACCAGCUACUCAAUGUUCGGGAAACAACAAGGAACCAAACACAGCAAAAAAACGCUAUAGAGAUACAGCUGGCUUCUAAUCCAGAGAGAACAGUCGAUUGGUCUGGAAUUAGCUGCUGUACAAGAACAAGUAGCAGUAGCAGCAGCACGAGCGACGAACCCCCAUUACUUGUUUCGCGUGUAUGAUUCGUCUCCGACUAGAAAAAUUUCAUCGGAGUUUGAAUCGUUACCGCAGCAUUAGCCUCAGCCGUGCUGUUAGCCUCAGCCUCGGUCGAUUUGAUGUGUCCUCUCAGCGCUCAUUGUGGUGUGGUUUUACUCAAGUAUUGGUUGACACAAUUCCUCUGGAUAGGUGUAAAGCGAUAAGAGAAGUCGCUGACAACGACGAUACAGCGGAUUGUAAAUACAUGUGUAAUGUGUUAUGAGUACGAGUGUUAUGCGCCUGCAAGAACAGAACGAAGACCUUGCCGAACGCUGAAGAUCGAGGCUGUGCACCGAUGCUGUUGUGAAAAGUACGAACGUGCACACUGUGACUGCAGGACAGGAAAAAAUCAAUGUAAAGAGAUUACGGAAAAAGACCAAGCUACACAACAACGAGGAGCUUUUGAAAUCAAAACGACCGCGACUCAUCUGCAUAACGACGUGGUCGUUAACGCCGGUAGAAAACAAACAUCUAUUGGCCUUAAGUGUUUCAGCUGAUUCUCAGUCAGACGACUAUAGCUUUGCCGUUAGGGGGCUAAGCAGGUUCUUGAGUUAACAAAAAAACAGAAGUCCAAAAGCAAUUCUGAAAAGUUUCCAACCAUCCAGUUUCGUUUCGGCGGGCGGCGGAACCUUGACAGCAAACCCAUAAGAACGAUAACAACGAGGACACGACCUGGAACAUUAGUAAAUUCAGAAAACUUGAACUGAAAAAUUAGCAAAAGGUCGCAAACGCCGGCAAGCUAAAGACUAUUGCUUGGAAAGUGCCGUUUCAGCAUCCAUCUAUAAGCGUACACCUGCUAGCGCGCUGUUAAUGUUGACUGCUACACAGCGACUUCUCCAACGAUUACCACAGCACUCACGGCAAGCUGCCGACCCUUGUAGGGAUUGUUUUUGUCGCUGAGACGCCGAAUCGACGUCCCCAACCACGUCGGCUCUAUCCUGGACCACCUGGUCGUUGUCGUCGCUAUUGUCGAUCGAGAUUCGUCCACCGAAGCCUCGAUCGGCCUCACCCGGGCUCGCCGGCACCUGCCCAGAACGAACGACCCUGGCCCCGAGAGUUGAGGGCCCGGCCUGUGGCCAGGGCCGGCACUUGCCUCUACUUCCAUGGAGGUGAGUGCAGAGUUGAGCGUUAGCCAAGGCGGAGACGUUAGUAGCGGGGGCUUUUUCGGGCUUUCGGCGGGCGAAUUCGGCGAUGACUCGUUGGAACAACAGGCAGCAUCAACGGUGGCCGGUAACCACCGAAAGUCACCGAUCGAUGCUGAUGGCACGUCGUCGGCGACACCUCCUCCUGGCGGCGGGGGUGGAGGGACCCCCGUUCAGCCAAGCUCAAAUACGAUCAACCCGCGGCAGCAGCAGGAGCUGUGUCUCGUCUGCGGGGAUCGUGCAUCUGGUUAUCAUUACAACGCUUUGACCUGCGAAGGGUGCAAAGGGUUUUUCCGGAGAUCAAUUACGAAGAACGCCGUUUACCAGUGCAAAUAUGGCAAUCGCUGCGAUAUCGACAUGUACAUGAGGAGGAAGUGCCAGGAAUGUCGACUCAAGAAGUGCUUGGUCGUCGGCAUGCGACCCGAGUGCGUCGUGCCCGAAUACCAGUGCGCGAUGAAACGAGAAAGCAAAAAGCAAGUACCCCAACAGCCGACGGCGCAAGUGUCCUCACCUGCCAUCAUUAAUCAGCCUCAACGCAACGGGGAUGGCAGCAAUGGGUCGAAUGGUGCCUCUAGUCAGCCACAGGCAAUUAUCGAUGAAGUGGCUGACGAAAAGCCCAAUAUCAUGGCGCUUAAUAUGGCCGUAAGACAGGUGAAACCUUUAACACAAGACCAAGAGCAGUUGAUCAACAAAUUGGUAUAUUAUCAACAGGAGUUCGAAUCACCUUCAGAAGAGGACAUUAAAAAGAUUACCCCAUUUCCCUUGGGCGAUUCCGAAGAAGAUAAUGAGAGACGGUUUCAGCAUAUUACUGAGAUCACCAUUCUGACGGUGCAGCUUAUUGUCGAGUUUAGUAAAAGGGUGCCAGGCUUUGAUACGUUACUCCGAGAGGACCAAAUCACGCUUCUCAAGGCAUGCUCUAGCGAGAUCAUGAUGUUACGCAGUGCACGAAAAUACGACGUUCGAACGGACUCAAUUGUGUUCGCCAAUAACCAGCCGUACACAAGAGAGAAUUACAAGAGUGCGUCGGUAGGUGACUCUGCCGAUGCCCAAUUUCACUUCUGUCGGAGUAUGUGCAACCUUCGCGUGGACAAUGCUGAAUACGCUCUGCUAACGGCUAUUGUGAUUUUCUCAGAGCGGCCUUCGCUACUCGAGCCCGAAAAAGUGGAAAGAAUCCAAGAGUUCUACAUUGAUACAUUACGUACCUAUUCAGAGAAUCAUCGACCGCCUGGCCGAACGUACUUCGCAUGUUUGCUGUCGAUUUUAACAGAGCUGCGUACACUGGGUAACAUGAACGCGGAGAUGUGCUUCCAGCUCAAAGUGCAAAAUAAGAAGCUGCCGCCUUUCCUUGCAGAGAUCUGGGAUAUUCAAGGGUAGGAUGGUUGUAUGACGCUAUAUGGGUACAUGGAUAACUGAAGCUGAGAUGGAUAUCAUGUUAUGAUUGCAAUACACAAAAGUCAUUUGAUAAAAGAAAGAUGAAGAUGACGUCAACGAGCAAUUUUUCCGUCAAGCUGGAAAGCGAAGUGAAGCAGGAACGGGUAAAGAAGAAAACAAGAUUAAAACACUCGACCAUUGCCGGCGUGAGCUGCCGAAUUCUAGGAUAGGAAGUUGAUGUGAGAAGAAAGUAGUGAACGCUGAAGGCGGACAGCAUGUAAGAAGAUAUCAUAGACAGAUAGAGAUAAGCACAUAGAAUACAAUAACAAAUGGUCAACAAAAAAACGACGUUCAUCUCAGCCCUUUCGCACUGUAUUGUACUGUAUAAACAAGCGCCCGUCCAAACCUGUGGCAAACGUUCUUUACUUUAAAGUGAUGGUGUGCCCAUGUCCAGCCAACAGGGAGCCGACCAACGGGUCCGCGUAGAUAUUUAGAGUCGGAAGAACGAAAGAAAAACACCGAUGGAAUGAAAACGUAGAA